AGUUUGAGUUCGCGAGAUGUGAGACGAGUGUACCUCAUAACCUAUAGUCAGGCCAACUUAGAGAUUGUCCCUACACGAGAGGCCUUUGCACAUAUUAUAUUAGACGCAUUUGAUAACGCAGUUCCCGGGUCGAAUGCCACAGUGAUGCAUUGGGUAUGUAGUCAGGAAAGUCAUGCAGAUGGCGGUUUACAUUAUCAUAUGGCGGUGAAACUGAGCGGUCGAAGACGGUGGCUGCGUGUGAGGAACUAUAUUGACCAGGAGUACGGAGUCAAAGUCAACUUUAGUGACAGACAUGACAAUUAUUACAGCGCCUGGAGGUAUACAACCAAGGAAGAUAGUUCAUCAGUACAGUCCACGAAUCAUCCCGAUCUGCAAAAUGAUGGGGCGCCAAUAACGACAAAUGCAAGUUGCGCAUUACGGGAAAGACGCCUUGCAGAAGGUGAUGAAGAUACCAGUAAUAAAAAAGGCAAGCGAAAGAGGUCAUUGUCCAUAUUUGAUGUAUCGCAAAUUGCAGUUGAGCGGCGGAUUAAAACGCGUUUGGAGUUAGUGGCGUUAGCAAGUCAGCAAAAAAGAGAGGGGAAAACUGACCUGGCGCAAUUUAUAGCAAACAGAAGUUCCAAAGCGGUUGAGGAAGCUCUUAGUGUAGGUUGGGAGAUGGAAAAUGCAGAGUCAGAGUUGGCACGCAGCAAGUUAUCACGGGUAGAAAUUGUGUACCGCGAGCUAGAGAGCCCAUGUGUAGACGGUUGUCAGGGAAAAUGGCUAGAGAUGGCUGAACAAGUAUUGCAGCGUAAUGGUAUUAGCCGAGAGGAAUUUUCGGAGGCAGUGAGAAAUCUUUUACAGCAGGGCCGUGGCAAGUACAGAAACGUAUUUUUGAAAGGACCGGCUAAUUGUGGGAAAACAUUUCUGCUGAACCCGUUGAAUACCGUGUUUAAAACUUUCACAAACCCAGCUACUACCACAUUUGCAUGGUUAGGUGCGGAAACUGCGGAAGUUAUCUUUUUAAAUGAUUUCCGGUGGUGCUCUCAAAUCAUACCGUGGCACGAUCUGUUACUUUUAUUAGAGGGGCAAAAAGUACAUCUUCCUGCUCCGAAAACGCACUUUUCUCAGGACAUCGAGUUUACCCGUGAUACUCCGAUUUUUUGUACCAGUAAAGAGGAACUCAGUUUCGUGCGCGGCGGAGUACUUGACGAAAGGGAAUCGCAGAUGAUGAGAGUUCGUUGGAGGGUUUUCGCCCUACAGAGCCCAAUUCCCGAGGAAGAGCAACGAAUUACCCCUAACUGCCCCCACUGUUUUGCAAAACUGAUCUUCCCACAAAUAUAG